AAAGAAGACGACCUGGCUCUUAGAAUCGGGUCUUGCUUUCCUCUUCAAUGCCAGUCUGUCUGUCAUACCCUCUCUCUCUGUCUCUCUCACUUCGCCUAUAUAUAGACAUAUAUACGUAUGCCCUUGAUGUCUUCUUCAACAUUUGGUACGAGCCUCUCUCGUUUUUGUUUCCAUUCUCAGAGCGAGAGAGAGAGAGAGAGAGAGAGAAAGAAACUGAAACCCUAGGCCUAGUCUCAAAAACCGAACUUCUCUGAGAAAUCAUCAUGAGUCUGUUCGGCCUUGGAAGCAGGUUAACUAUGUGAAUAGUAGGGACCACUUUAAGAGUUGAUAUGAAACCAGAAGACAUUUCGGCCUAAGAAGAGUGCUCCAUCAGGAAGUAAGGCUGCACAGCUUCAAAAUCAUAUUGAUGCUACCUUAGGUAGUGGAAACUUAAGGGAAGCUGUUCGACUGCCUCCUGGUGAACAUCCUAAUGAGUGGUUGGCUGUAAAUACUGUUGACUUCUUCAAUCAAGUGAACAUUCUGUAUGGCACUCUUACAGAAUUCUGUACUGCAUCAAGUUGUCCAUUAAUGACAGCAGGACCACGAUACGAGUAUAGAUGGGCUGAUGGAGUUACUAUAAAGAAACCCAUAGAGGUGUCUGCUCCUAAAUAUGUAGAGUAUUUGAUGGACUGGAUUGAGGCUCAGCUCGAUGAUGAAUCAAUUUUUCCUCAAAAGUUCGGGGCAUCAUUUCCACCAAAUUUUCAGGAUGUUGUUAAGACAAUAUUCAAGCGAUUGUUCCGUGUGUAUGCGCACAUCUAUCACACACAUUUUGAGAAGAUUGUGAGUCUAAAGGAAGAAGCUCACCUUAAUACUUGUUUCAAGCAUUUUGUUCUUUUUACAUGGGAAUUCCAGUUGAUUGAUAAGGGGGAGCUUGCACCCCUGUACGAGCUUGUUGAGUCUAUCUUACAGUUGUAGCCGUUAUUUUUACUUUUUCUUUUCUUUUCUUUUUUAAAAUUUAUUUUGUAUUGGGGAAACACAUUCUGAGCUUUUGUUUCGCGUCUCAUGCAGCCUUUUGAAUUCUUCUCUAUUUUUAUAUUUUUGUAAUGGAUGCAGUCUUCUGAGCUUCCGUUUGGUUUAGUUUGUAUAAAGAGUUUUGAGUUUUGAAUUAUAUUUGGAAAGA